AUGUGGAUGUGUAGCAUAACGGCUGGAAAUAAUUUUCGAAAAUCUUAUCACUUUAUUUUUCAACAAAUAAUUGAUUAUUUAUUAUUGUAUUAUUUACAAACGCUAUGUUUUUUGCUACUUUUAAUUAAUAUCUUAUCAUUAUCAUCAUUAUCAUCAUCAUCAUCAUCAUCAUCAUCAUCAUCGCCAUCUGUAUUCAAUAUUGGCCUAAUUUAUGCAAAUACAACAAUUCCAAAAGCACCGGAUUUUUUGCAAGCUGGUUUCAAUGAUGUAACUGUUGCUCAAUCUUUACACGAUUAUCAAUUUAGAUUGCUAUCAGUGCCAUCGACGGGUUGUUUCCAUACUAAAUAUGAAGGGAAUGAUCCGGCUGUUAUCGCUGAAAUGUAUUAUGAAAAUGAUCUUCAAAUGCUUCUUGGACCAGCAUGUGACAGUGACGUGAAUAUCGUUAGAAGAUUAACGGAAGAAUGGAAUAUUUUACAGUUUAGUUUUGGUGGAUAUCUCGAUGAUUAUUUCGAUUCUGUUGUACAGAUAUCAACUCUAUCAUCACUGAAUGCUGCGUUCAAUUUGGUUGCAUUCUUUAAAAUAAUGAGUUGGAAUAAGGUAGCAUUAAUUUGGUCAGUGAUAGCAUUUGAUGAUGAAUAUACGACAAAAUUGAAAAUUGCAAAUAUCCGAACGAUAUUCGAAUUAAAUGGUAUUUCUCUACUAAAGGAUAUUCAUGUAAAUACAUCCGAUGCAACUCGACCAUUGGUGGAUGUAUUAAUGGAAAUUAAAAAUAAUUCCAGAAUUUGGAUUCCAAUAUUCGGAUAUUAUCUUCAUGAUUAUAUAGAAUUUUUGGCAGCUGUAAAACAACUUAGUCUUGAUCCAACUGUUUAUGUUACUGUACUUUUGGAUUUUUUCGUUCUUGGAGAAUUCAAACCACCAUGGAUACUACCAAAUAAUAGCAUCAAUGAAACUAUGAAAUUCUAUUUCGAUGAUACUAUUAUUGCAAGACCAUUUGGUCCAAUAUGGUUAAACCAAUAUAGAAUUCGAUUAACACCAUUUCAAGCGAAAUAUGUUGAAGUAUUUAAAGAAGAACCAGUUAGCAUUGCAAAAUUAUUUCUCACCGAAGAAUGUAAUCUGCCAAAAAAGGAAAGAGCUAAUAAACGUUGCAUUACUUUGACUGGUGAAAUAACAAAUUAUAAUACAACAAUAACAAUGGAGUUUCCAGUAGAUGUGCCACCAUGUGGUUUCCAAAGCGAGCUAUGCGAUCAUCCACGGACUUUAUUAAGUUUCUCAGUUAUGAUAUUGGCAUUUAUUUUAUUGUUUUGUGCAUUUUUUGUUUAUCGAAAAUUAAAAAGUGGUGAAACAUCACAAAUGCCAUGGUCAAUCCCAUAUCAGGUUCUCAAAUUUGUUGAUAUCGAUGCAUGUUCGUUAACAUCGGUAAGAAAUGAUUUAUGUCAAGAAACGGAUUCAAAAUUGAAUGAUUUAUUUCGCUCAAGAGAAUUUGCAAUGACUGAUUUUGGAGCAGUAAUUAUCGAACCAUAUGUACUUAAAGAAGAACCAUGUUUUGAUAAUUCCGAUGUGGCACUUCUUCAUCAGAUGAAACAGAUGGUACAUGAUAAUAUUAAUCAAUUCAUUGGAGUAUGCUGUAAUAAACGAAACGAAUUUUAUACAAUUUGGAAUUAUUGUUUUCGUGGAACAUUAGCUGAUUUAGUAUUUUUAAAUCCGAUGACCAGUGGAACAGAUAAGUUAUAUAAGAAUAACGAGAGUGGUUCAGGAUUUCAUGAAAAUUUUAAGCGAGCUUUUGUUCGUGAUAUUAUUCGAGGCUUGGAAUUUUUGCAUAAUUCAACGAUUGGUUAUCAUGGUUCAUUAACUCCAUCACAAUGCCUCAUUGAUAGUCGCUGGAUUUUGAAACUUUCUGGAUUUGGUUUAUCGAAAUUACUCCAGAAAUGGACUAUAAAAGGUUUCAUAGGUGUCAAAGAUAGGAUAUGGUUAAUCUCAAAUUCAGAUUUACAUUACUAUUCGCCAGAUAUGCGUCGCUUGCUUAAACAAAUGAGUAAGGGUACGGUAAAGUUUAACACUAAGCAACUUCAAGCUGCUGAUAUAUAUUCAUUUGGAAUUAUAUUGUAUGAAAUUAUCUCUCAUAGAAAAUCGAUUACACUUGAUGAUAACCAUUAUGGUAUCGAAAGAGCAAAUUUAGAUACUUCAAAAAUUUUUUGCGAGUCAAUUGAAGCAUUAAUUCCACCAUAUCCAAUUAUCCCGAAAAAUAUUGAAGUGCAUCCGGAUUUACUUGGGCUAAUGAAGAAAUGCUGGUCUGAAAUUAUUAAUCAGCGUCCUGAUGCGGUACUAGCACGGAAAAUUACGGAUGCUACAUUGAAAAUAUCGGGUAGUUUGGUCGAUCAGAUGAUCAAAAAUCUUGAAGAGUAUACGAACAAUUUGGAGGAUUUGGUAAAAGAACGUACGAGACAAUUGGAAGAAGCGCAAGAGCAUGCUGAACGUUUACUUCUUGAGUUAUUACCCAAAUCAGUAGCUGAUGAAUUAAAAAUAAGUCGUCGAGUUGAUCCAAAAAAUUAUAAAUCAGCAACAGUGAUGUAUUCUGAUAUUGUCGGUUUUACAUCACUCUGUAGUGAUAGUUUACCGAUGGAAGUAGUAACAUUGUUAAGUGGUGUUUUUCAAAAAUUUGAUUUAAUUAUCUCACAGCAUCAUUGCUACAAGGUUGAAACAAUUGGUGAUGCAUAUAUGGUAACAUCUGGAGUACCAAUUGUUAGUCGACAUGAUCAUGUUCGUGAUAUUGCUUCUGUUGCAAUUUUGAUGAGAGAUUUCUUAUCGGAAUAUGAAAUACCGCAUAGACCGGGGCAAAGGUUAUACUGUCGUUGGGGUUUUAAUACAGGGCCUGUGUUUGCUGGAGUUGUUGGUUUAAAUGCACCGAGAUAUUGUGUUUUUGGCAAAACGGUAACAUUGGCAUCAAAAAUGGAAAGUAGCGGUUUACCGGAUAAAAUUCAAAUUACACUAAAAAGUUAUCAGUUACUAAGCGAACGAUAUCCGGAAUUUAAAUGCUCACCGCGUGGUGGAGUUCGAAUUGAUGGAAUUGGCACAUUGCUCACUUAUUGGUUGGAUAAUUGUGAAGAGCUAUUGAAAUCAAGUCGUUCAACGAUCGUUGAAAAUAAUGAUGAUUAA